UGCACAUUUGCAAUUGUAAAACAAGACAACCAAAUUCACCUCCAAGCUUUUUAUCCAACUGCAAUAACAUUACAUCUACAUUUUAGAGAAGAUGAAGCAUCCUUCUAUUGCUCUUCUUUUAGCAAUUAUAAUACACCAACAAUGUUUUAUUAGUCCCAUCCAUGUUUCAGCAGCAGGUGAUGAUUUCAUCAGAGUAAGGGGAGUGCAUUUUCUUCUUAACGGCAACCCUUACUAUGCAAACGGCUUCAAUGGCUACUGGCUCAUGUAUGUGGCUUCUGACCCAUCUCGGAGGCACAAAGUCUCGUCUGCUUUCCGCGAAGCAACUAGCGGACUCACCGUGGCUAGAACUUGGGCUUUCAGUGAUGGAGGUUACAUGCCUCUUCAGUUCUCCCCUGGCUCCUACAACGAGCACAUGUUUAAGGGGUUGGAUUUUGUGAUAGCUGAGGCCAGAAGGUAUGAGAUAAUGAUAUUAAGCUUGGUGAACAACUAUGAGAACUUUGGAGGAAGAAAGCAGUAUGUGAAUUGGGCAAGAAGGAAAGGGCAGUACCUCACAUCUGAUGAUGAUUUCUUCAGGAACCCUGUUGUGAAGGGUUACUACAAGAACCAUGUAACUACUGUUGUUAACAGAUAUAACAGCUACAUUGGAGUUCAUUACAAAGAUGACCCAACAAUUAUGGCAUGGGAACUUAUUAAUGAGCCUAGAUGCUCAUCAGAUCCUUCAGGAAGGACUAUUCAGGCUUGGAUAAAGGAAAUGGCUUCACAUGUGAAGUCAAUAGAUAGAAACCACUUAUUGGAAGUUGGUCUAGAGGGAUUUUAUGGACAAGAAAUACCUCAGAGGAUGAGUCUCAAUCCUGGUUAUAAUAUUGGAACAGAAUUUAUCGCGAAUAAUAGGAUUCCUGGGAUCGAUUUCACAACAAUUCAUUCUUAUCCUGAUCAAUGGUUGGGUAGCUCUAAUGAUCAACAUCAGGUCGUUUUCUCGAACAACUGGCUCAACACCCACAUCCAAGUUGCACAGAACAUUCUUCAAAAGCCGAUAUACAUUGCAGAGUUUGGGAAGUCUUGGAAAGAUCUCGGUUUCAGAACUUACCAAAGAGACUUGCUCUUCAAUACCGUGUACUCCAAGAUAUACUUUUUGGCGAAAAGAGGAGGAGCAGCUGCUGGGGGACUAUUCUGGCAACUUCUCACUGAAGGCAUGGACUCUUUCCGUGAUGGAUACGACAUAGUUCUGAGUCAGAGUCCCUCAACAGCAAAUGUGAUUGCUCAACAGUCUCACAAGCUCAAUCAGAUUCGGAAGAUCUUUGCGCGGAUAAGAAAUGCUCGGAUGUGGAAGAGGGCAAGGGCCAUUAGAAGGGAUGAAAGGUUGGGUGGAAACUGGUAGUUUUAUUUAUUUAGAUUAUAAAGAAACAUAAUCCACCAAAUAGGAGAUGGAUUAUGAACAUCUUUAAUUAUUUGUUAUAAUUAAAAUACAAGGAAUAUGCUUGGUAUUAUGGGCUUGCCUUAGCCUCCAAGCCUUCACCCUAAACCCUAGCUAGACCACUAUAAUAGAGGUCUUAAGGAAUUUCCUCCUCACUCACAAAACUCUCCCAAACACUCGGUUCACCAAGAUGGAGGGGGAGACUUAAGAGGAAACUCUUAGAAGCAAUUCCAAGUAGCCAACUCACCGCCUUAUGUCUCAAACUUGUACACGAAAGCCCCAAUUCAUGUGUGUUUUCGUGGUUCCUCGCUCGAGACGGUUGUAAGAACAAGACGGUUGUUUGACUUAAGGUUUUUCUGCUAAGUAUAAUCCCUAAAUCUUGAGUACUUAUAUAUGUUGCAUAUUCAUAUGUUUCUAAUAGUGGUAUUAGAGCUAAUAGCUCUUGUUUUUCGCCAUUCAAUUGAUAUAUGAGCUGAGAACUUUCAUCAAUAAUGGAUGUGGCUCGAAACUACAUAAGCCAUAACAUACAUAAAAAUGUAUUGUGCAAGA